AUGGCAUGUGUCACUUCUGUAAAAUUCUUUGUCUAUGCCAUUGGAGAGAAACGUACAGAGUUUACCCUAUCUUGUGGACUCCGCCAAGGUGAUCCUCUUUCUUUGUAUUUAUUUCUCUUGGUGGCUGAUGUACUCUCGAAUCUUCUUACUCACAGGCUGAACUCAAACUCCAUCUCAGGACUCAAAAUACGCCGAACUUGCCUUACGCUCUCUCAUCUUUUCUUUGCAGACGAUGCUAUUCUCUUCUUCAAAGCUAAAACAUUCGAAUGUGAGUCUAUUCUGGAAGUUCUAAAGGUGUAUAGUGAUGCUUCUGGACAACUUCUCAAUUUUGACAAAUCUGGUGCUUUAUUUUCGGCUAACUCCUCUACAAGUCUAUCCAAUUCUAUUUGUCAUCUGCUGGGUGUCACAAAAGCCAACCCCAAAGCUCAAUAUCUAGGCCUACUAACCUCUUGGGGAAAGUCGAAAAGUGAGGCUUAUAGAUUCUUAUUAGAGAAAGAGCUGGCCAAGAUGCAAUUGUGGAAAUCAAAGUUAUUAUCCCAAGCAGGAAGAGAGAUUCUCAUCAAAUCAGUCGUUCAAGCCAUACCAACUUAUGCAAUGGCUUAUUUUGAUUUACCCAAAGCCUUUCAAUCCAAAUUCAAUACCUUGAUUCGCAAUUUUUGGUGGAAGGGAAACCCAGACAGCAGGGGAAUUCAUUGGGCCAAUUGGAAUCACAUGACCAAACCCAAAGUUAUAGAAAGAAUGGGUUUUCGAGAUUUUGAAGAAUUUAAUCAGGCUUGUUUGCAAAAUAGAGCUGGAGACUUCUCUCACACCCUCAUUCGUUUCUGCCUCCUUAAAGGCCGAGCUUUACUCCAAGAAGGAACUCGUUGGCAAAUUCAAUCUGGUAAGCAAGUCUACUUUUGGGAAGAUCGGUGGAUCCCAUCUUUUGUGGGUCACAAAAUUGCCUCUCCAAAGCCAAUAGACUGCAAUAUUAUCUCUGUGGCCGAUAUCAUUGAUCCAACUUUCAAAACUUGGAAUUUAGAUGCUCUGGGUGAUACUAUUUCUGAUGAGGAAAGGGUAGCCAUUCAAGCCAUUCCCAUAGCAGUGGAAGAUAGAGAUAAUAGCAGGAUUUGGCAUCAUACCAAAUCGGGGAUUUAUUUGGUAAAGUCUGGGUAUGCUCUGGCUAGAACCAUUAAUGGUAAAUCUUCAGUUCAUGAUCCUUCUUCUUCUACGACCACUGUGGACAUUUUGUGGAAAUCAAUGUGGCAAAUAGACACCCCGUCCAAGAUUCGUCACUUUUGGUGGAGAGCUUGUAACAACGCGUUAGUAACCAAGGCGGGCCUCUAUAAACGCAAAUGCAGUGCUUCAAUGCUUUGUCCCAUAUGCCAAUCUGAGAUUGAAAUUGUGGAACAUCUACUUUUUGACUGCCCUUGGACUAAAGCAGUUUGGUCUGCCCAAACAUGUAACAAUGCAACUUCUCAGCAGAGUCGCUACCAUAGGCUUUCUCAAAAUUCAGUCCCGCCUCUUGAAUCUACAUCGCCCGAGCCGUCUUCGGCUUGGUCCCCUGCUGCUCAUGGUUGUUUUAAAAUUAAUUGUGAUGCUGCCUUUUGCCAAAGGACUUCCAAGGCUGCUGUUGCAGCAAUCAUCAGGGACUCCAAUGGCCAUUUCAUUAAUGGCAAUGCUAGGACUCUCGGUGCCUCCUCAGCCAUUCUUACUGAAGCUCUUGCGGUCCGCAUGGCUUGCCUUAUGAUCCAAGCUCAUAAGUUAUCGAAUGUGGAAAUAGAAAGUGAUAGCCAAUUGGUGAUUCAGUUAUGCGUCUCAGAAACGGUUCCCCCUUGGGAGAUUAGUGUUGUGAUACUGGACAUUCGUGCUCUUGCUCUACAGUUUCACCUCUCCUUCACUUGGACACGUCAUUCUAACAACAAGGUGGCACAUUGGGUGGCCAAGACCCAAGCUUCCAACUCUUUACCUGAUAUAUGGAAUGUCUAUCUGCCUAGCUCUUUUGUUACUCUGCUAUUUUCAGAUGUAACCUAG